AUGAAACUAUUUGUUUUCACCGUUUUCUGCGCAUUUCUACACAUCAGCUACCAAAUUCCAAGGGACCACUGGACUCUGCUGCCAAACAUUCUGGUUGUGGAGGUGGACGGCGCUUUGGGCCAGCAGCCUCUGAGCUGCAUGGAGCUGCCAGAGGAGCUUAUGAGGAGAGACAACCAGAGCCAAGAUAUUUCCUGGAAGAAGAAUGGAAACGAGGAAGCGCAGAGAGGAAACACAUAUCUGGUGCGGCUCGAGGAGAGCCUCGGAGGGGGCAACUACACCUGCCACGGCGAGGACGGAUCGCUCCUUAAUCACACUGUGGUCCUGAUCUCAGAAGACGAGACCAAGAGGAGGAAGAUCCUGGUGAAGAACGACCAAGAAGAUUAUUUAAAGUGCUCGGCUCAAAAUUACAACGGAGAGUUCCACUGCUCCUGGACCUGGCACAGCAGCCGCGUUGGCAAAGUAGCAUUCAUCAAAGCUCGACGCAUUUCUGACAACAACAGCCUCCAGUGUUCCACGGACAGCACCUCCCAGCAGUGGACGUGCUCCUCGGAUCACGGUAACUUCAGCUGCACGGUAGAUGACAGCGGUCACGGGAUCUCCUGCCUGGACGAGCAGCACUGUCCCUACGCUGAGGAGAGCCAGCAGAUCCACAUCACCAUCUAUGUCAGGACCGAGCAGUUCCUGGUGGAGAACUACUCGAAGCGUUUUUACCUGUCAGAUAUAGUGAAACCCGACAAGGUGAGGAUCGGUAUAAUCAACAGCACGGUGAUUGAGUGGAGUUACCCGAGCUCCUGGAGCAGCCCCUACUCUUACUUCCCCCUCACUUUCCAGAUUGCACAGCUCAGGGGCGAAUGCAGAGGGUGCAACAACCCGUGCAGUGACUCAAAAGCUGUAAAGACGGUCGACUCUGACAUCUGCCAGUUUCGAGUGAAGCACAAGGCGAAGGCUGUGUGUGUCAGAGCAAAGGAUGCCCUGUGUGACUCACAGUGGAGCGAGUGGAGCCAUGUCAGGUUGAGAGGAAACAAAAAGAACAAACGGCACGACAAGAAUCCGGCAUAACGAAAGAAAAAGAAUCCCAGCACUGGAUUUUUCUAGCAACUUUACAUGCUUUUAUAUAUUUCUAUUUAUUUUAUUUAAUAACAUGGCGUUUGUAAUGUGUAAUCCGUAUUGAAGAGUGAAUAAAUAAAGUUAAAUUGAGCAUAA